UCAAUGACUACCAUCAUUAUCAGCCUAGCAGCUGAGAGAUUUGGGCUGGAGGAGAAGAAAGUAGUGAAUCUACCCUACACUAUGAACAACAGGGCGAACAAGAUCCACCAGCUUAGGCAAGAGCUGAAGAGUCUGAAGAGGAGGUUCAAGGAGGCGAGGGAGGAGGAGAGGGGCCCUCUAGCAGAGUUGCGUGUCAUCCUCCGUAAGAAGCUUAUGGUUCUGAGGAGAGCGGAGUGGCACAGGAGAAGGAGGAAAGAGAGGGCCAGGAAGCGGGCUGCCUUCAUAGCGAAUCCCUUUGGGUUCACAAAGCAGCUGCUUGGGAAGAAGCGGAGUGGCCGGCUCACUUGCUCCAAAGUUGAGAUCGACCGUCACCUCAGAGACACCUUCUGUGACAGAUUCAGGGAGCAAGAUUUGGGCCACUGCCAGCACCUGAUUGAUCCACCUGCACCAACUCUGGACUUUGACGGGAAGGAGCCCAGCUGGAAGGAGAUCCAGGAGGUGAUCAAAACGGCUAGAGCAAGCUCAGCCCCAGGACCUAGUGGGGUACCUUACAAGGUUUAUAAGAACUGCCCGAAGCUACUCCACAGGCUCUGGAAGAUCCUGAAGGUCAUAUGGAGGAGGGGAAAGGUUGCUCAGCAGUGGCGGUUUGCAGAAGGGGUGUGGAUUCCAAAGGAGGAAGAGUCAAAGACCAUCGACCAGUUCAGAAACAUCUCGCUGCUCAGUGUUGAGGGAAAGAUAUUCUUCAGCAUUGUUGCUAGGCGGCUGACCGACUACCUCCUGAGGAACUCGUACAUUGACACCUCUGUUCAGAAAGGAGGGAUCCCGAAGGUGCCGGGGUGUCUGGAGCACACAGGCGUGGUCACACAGCUGAUCAGGGAAGCCCGGGAGAAUAAGGGGGACCUGGUGGUGCUGUGGUUGGACCUCACAAACGCCUAUGGAUCCAUACCCCACAAAUUGGUUGAGGAGGCCCUGUGCCGGCACCACAUCCCAGACAAGUUUAGAGACCUCAUUCUGGACUACUACGAUAGUUUCAGUCUGAGAGUCUCUGCAGGGUCUAUAACAUCAGACUGGCAUAGGCUUGAGAAGGGUAUCAUUACUGGAUGUACAAUUUCAGUGAUAUUAUUCGCACUCGCCAUGAACAUGCUGGUAAAGUCUGCAGAGGUCCAGUGCAAAGGUCCCCUCACCAAGUCCGGUAUUCGCCAGCCGCCCAUUAGGGCUUUUAUGGAUGACCUGACGGUGACAACACCACACGUCCCAGGGGGCAGGUGGAUCCUGAAGGGCUUGGAAGAGAUGAUCACCUGGGCUUGUAUGUGCUUCAAGCCAGCAAAGUCUAGAUCUCUGGUGUUGAAGAAAGGAAAGGUUACCAACAAGUUCCGCUUCACACUUGGCACGACCCAGAUACCAUCAAUCACUGAGAAACCAGUGAAGAGCUUGGGAAAGGUGUUCGACUGCAGCCUGAGAGAUACAGCAGCCAUCCAUGCAACCAACCUCGAACUGGAAGGCUGGCUAUCUGUAGUGGAUAAGUCAGGCCUACCUGGUAAGUUCAAGGCCUGGAUUUACCAAUACGGCAUCCUCCCACGGAUUCUCUGGCCCCUCCUGAUUUAUGAGGUUCCAAUCUCCACCAUCGAGGGCUUUGAGAGGAGAGUCAGCAGGUUUCUACAGAAGUGGCUGGGCCUACCUCGAAGCCUGAGCAGCAUUGCUCUGUAUGGCCAGAACAACAAGCUAAAGCUCCCCAUCAGCAGUCUGAAUGAGGAGUUCAAGGUAGGCCGUGCUAGGGAGGUGCUGCAAUACAGAGAGUCACAAGACCCGAAGGUCUCCCAGGCUGGGAUCGAGGUGAGGACAGGGCGGAAGUGGAGGGCAGCAGAGGCGGUGGAUGUGGCUGAGUCACGACUACGGCACAGGGCACUGAUAGGAGCAGUGACUUGUGGAAGAGCUGGCCUGGGUAGUGGCACAACAUCUUGCUACAACAAGGUACAGGGGAAGGACAGGAGAUCACUGGUGCAGCAAGAGGUAGCAGUAGAGGAGGAGCGGGCCAGCAGGAUGGUUGGGAUGUGGCAGCAGGGAGCCUGGACAAGAUGGGAGCAUGCAGUGGACCGUAAAAUCUCAUGGGCAGAGCUGUGGAAAGCAGACCCCCAUCGCAUACGGUUCCUGAUCCAGGCUGUCUACGAUGUACUGCCGAGCCCAUCCAACCUGUUCAGCUGGGGAUUGGUGGAGUCACCAGCCUGCAGCCUCUGUCUAAAGAGGGGGACCCUGGAGCACAUCCUCAGCUGCUGUCCGAAGGCCCUGGGCGAGGGGCGCUACCGUUGGCGCCAUGACCAAGUUCUGAAGGCCAUAGCGAAUACCAUCAGCUGUGGAAUUCGCCACUGUAAGCGCCUCCGCCCAGUGAAGAACACCAUUGCUUUCGUCCGGGCUGGGGAGAAGCCACCAUUAGCUGCCAGGGCCACCUCAUCUGGCCUGCUAGCAACAGCACGAGACUGGGAGUUGAAAGUUGACCUGGGGAAGCAACUGAAAUUCCCAGAAGCUGUCGCCACCUCAACACUGCGGCCUGACAUGCUACUCAUUUCAGAGACCUCCAAGCAGAUCGUUCUCCUGGAACUCACCGUACCCUGGGAGGACCGUAUCGAGGAGGCCAAUGAGAGGAAAAGGGCAAAAUACGCUGAGUUAGUGGAGGAGUGCCGGAACAAUGGGUGGCGAGCUCGGUGUGAGCCCAUCGAGGUGGGAUGCAGAGGGUUUGCUGGCCAGUCUCUCUGCAGGGCCUAUAACAUCCUGGGCAUCAUAGGAGCCAGUAAGCGAAAGGCCAUCAAGGAGGUCACGGAGUCAGCAGAAGUUGCCUCAAGGUGGCUGUGGAUAAGGAGAGGAGAACCAUGGGUGGGGUAG